AUGGAUCAGGAAAAGGGCAAGAAGGAUAAGCCCAUCGUCGUCUCGAGUGACGAGGGUGAGGCCGAGGAGGGCAACCCCUCGGCUCCGCCCCUCACCCCCCGAACCGCCGCGUCUGCCGGCCAGCUCCGGGUUGCCCGGCUUCUCGCCGAAGGCCCCGAGGGCUGGACUCCCGGGCGUGAUCCUCCUACCCUCGCCGAGUUCGGCCUCGCCAAUGCCCCUGCCCGGGUCCCUGCCGCCCCUACCGUUCCCAUCGCGCCCACCUCCCGUGCGGCCAACGCCCGCGCCAGCCCGGCGGCCUCGGCAGCCUCAACAAGCUCAAGCUCCGCCGGCUCGAUCGGGUCGGGAAGCUCGGCCUCUGUCGGCUCUUUCUUCGACGACGAGGACCUCCAAGGAAGAAUUCGGGCGCAGGCAGGCAGUAGGAAGGACCACCGUCGCUGCAAGUUCAAGUACUACCAGCGCAGACAAAGCCGGUCCAAGUAUCGGAACGUGUACCGUUGCAAGGGGUACCCCGGAAAUCCCGAUUGCAAGAACAAGCUCUACUGCUCCCGCGAGAGGAAGUGCUUGCAUAAAUCCAACUUUAAGGACAAGGACGGACGUAUCAACCUCAAGAACUGCGCAAGUUGCCGCGCCGGAACUCGUACCGCCAAGAUCGAGGAUAAGGGCGAGCGCGAAGCCAAGAGACGCCAGCUGGCCUCCGAGUUUAACGCCGUCCCGUUCAGACGUGGUUCCGGUGCCGGUCGUAACGCCAAAGGCAAGAAGAAGCGUCUCGGCAAGAAGAACAACUCUGCCCGCAAGGGCAAGGCCACUGCCAAGUCCGGCCGCAAGGCUGCUGCGGGUGCUCGCGGCAACAUGAACGGGAACGAGACUGAGUCUGACGUCGAGACGGAGGAGGAACCCCUGGAUCACGUGGAACUGCCUGACGAGCGUCCCGGCUUGAGAAAGCGUCGCCGCGAGGACGAGUCUGAUGAUGACGACGACAACUACGGCGCCAACGGAAAGGGUGGCUUUUCAGGAUUCGGUGGAGGAAAUGGCGCGAUCCUUGUGGCGGCUUGCUAA